AUGACGACGCCCCCCAAAGUCGACAUGCAGUCGCUGUACAUGACCUCCACGCCCUCUCACCACGCUGAACAGCCCCCGGUGCACGACACCUCUCCUCCUCGUCCCCUGCAGCCGCGGGCGGCCUUACAAACGCCUCCGGAGUACGCAGAACAACCACCACUGCACUUCAUGACGCCUCCGCAACCCGAGACGCAGCCCUUGCACUUCGCCCCUCCUCCCACCUAUCUUCACAUUCCGCAAGUGAGCUACGCUCUCCCCUUCGAAGGUCCGAUGCAGUCACUGCCAAAUGACACCACGGUGACCACGCCCGCUCAGUAUCCCGUGCAGCACCAGAACUUUCCGGGUCACCCUCACCUCCACGCCGGCCCUUCUCCCUAUCCAGGCCCGGGUUCGUUCGUUUCCUCUUCCCCCACUGGACUGCCAUCCCCCUAUUACCACCCCAUGGCAAGUCAAUAUGCGGGGGGCGGCCCUGGGGCAUACCCUCACUAUGACCUCGGAAAGGUGAUCGACACCACGGCUCCGUCGGACUGGUGGGGACAGGGGAUUUCGUGA